UGAAGGUAUCGGUGACGCAUUUCCGCAAAUCCGGGUUGGGAUUGACGAUUUUAUGGACAGGGAAAGAAUGUCCUCUGAGGCCCUGGGAGGUAUCAUUUGAGCAGAGCUUCAGUGAAGUGUAUCAGGCGGCUGCAGCUUGUUACAUUGUGACUUCGGCUCGACUGAGAGUUUCCCUGAGAGCGGGGUGACAGUGAGAGGACACUGGGUGCUGUGGGAUCUUCCUGGAGAAGGGGAGCCGGGACUGAGGGGGUCCAGAGGCUGCUUUAGACUCUCGGGAAACGAGAGAUCGCAGCAUUUGACGUUUCUCGCGAGCAGCCUCGCCGGGAGAAAGGCGGAACUGAAUUUGUAAAAGUGGUGACAGGGGCGGCUCAGCGAAGGAGCAGCUCUCACUCGGUCAUACACACACAUACACACACGUGUGCCGCUCCCUCCGGCCACAACAUGCCCAAGAAGAAGCCGGGACCGAUCCAGCUGCACCCAAGUCCCGAUGGCUCGGCUCUGAAUGGGACCACUUCCGCAGAGACAAAUCUGGAAGCUCUGCAAAAGAAGUUAGAGGAGCUCGAGUUGGAUGAACAACAGCGCAAACGUUUGGAAGCAUUUCUGACCCAGAAACAGAAAGUUGGCGAGUUGAAAGAUGAUGACUUUGAGAAGAUAUCGGAACUGGGAGCAGGAAAUGGAGGAGUAGUUUUCAAAGUUUCUCACAAACCAUCCAGCCUUAUAAUGGCCCGGAAGCUAAUUCACCUGGAAAUCAAGCCAGCCAUUCGGAAUCAGAUAAUCCGAGAAUUACAGGUUCUGCAUGAAUGUAACUCUCCAUAUAUCGUGGGAUUCUAUGGAGCUUUCUACAGUGAUGGAGAGAUCAGCAUCUGCAUGGAACACAUGGAUGGUGGAUCACUGGAUCAGGUGCUUAAAAAGGCUGGAAGAAUUACAGAGCAAGUGCUGGGUAAAGUGAGCAUAGCUGUGAACAAGGGAUUGGCAUAUCUGCGAGAGAAACACAAGAUCAUGCACCGAGAUGUUAAACCUUCAAACAUCUUGGUGAAUUCCCGCGGUGAAAUCAAACUUUGUGAUUUUGGGGUUAGUGGGCAGCUGAUUGACUCCAUGGCAAACUCCUUUGUUGGGACAAGAUCUUACAUGUCACCUGAAAGACUCCAGGGGACACAUUAUUCUGUUCAAUCCGAUAUCUGGAGUAUGGGGCUGUCUCUGGUGGAGAUGGCCAUUGGAAGGUAUCCAAUUCCUCCACCUGAUGCUAAGGAGCUCGAACAGAUCUUUGGCUGUCACGUGGGAGAGGACCCUUCAUCCUCCGAGUCAAGCCCUCAACCUUCAGGACGUCCAGGGAGUUCUUUUGGUGGUGAUUGUCGACCUCCAAUGGCAAUAUUCGAAUUGUUGGAUUACAUUGUGAAUGAGCCACCUCCUAAAUUGCCAACUGGAGUAUUUAGUGAAGAAUUUCAAGACUUUGUGAAUGCAUGUUUGAUAAAGAAUCCUGCGGAAAGAGCAGACCUGAAGCAGCUUAUGGCUCAUGCUUUCAUCAAACGAUCAGAGGCGGAAGAGGUGGAUUUCGCAGGUUGGCUGUGCACGACUAUUGGCCUGAAGCAGCCAAGUACACCAACGCAUACUCCUACUGUGUAGUCGCACAAGCUGCUAAAUGUCUGCUCUUUGUGCAGCAAAUUGAUGGAUGUUUCUGCUAACAUUACCUCAUCAAUAUCCCUCUGUCCCGUAAAUAAUUUUAAAAAUGUACUUUCACUUUUAAAGGAAAGGUGUCUGUUUUAAAAAAAAAUGCCAAUUUUAACUGCUGCUCAAAUCAUUAGAAUUUGUCAAUAGGAACCCAUAGUUUUUAGUGGAGCUAAAAGAGAAUUCUUUGAUCAACAGAAAACCAUUCUGUAUCGCCCGAUUUAGUGGAUGAUUGUGGAGACAUCCCACUAUGCUCAGGGUUAAAUUCCAUCCUUUUAAAGAUGUGCUGCCCUCCCUUCAAUGGUCAGGAACCCUAAUUUAUUU